AUGGCUAUUCUUAAAAGAGGUGCUCGUAAUAAGACGGCACAGGCUCCAGAGAAGAGGUCUGCCAAGAUUAAGAAAGCUACUUUCGAUUCAGGAAAGAAGAAAGAAGUGGGUGUAUCAGAUCUAACGUUACUUUCGAAAAUUUCAGACGAUUCCAUCAACCAGAAUUUAAAAAAGAGAUUUGAGAAUGGUACUAUUUAUACUUAUAUUGGUCAUGUGCUGAUUAGUGUCAAUCCUUUCCGUGAUUUAGGUAUUUACACUAAAGCUAUUAUGGACUCUUAUGAAGGUAAGAAUAGACUUGAAGUCCCACCCCAUGUUUUUGCAAUUGCUGAAUCUAUGUAUUAUAAUAUGAAGUCAUAUAACGAAAACCAAUGUGUUAUUAUUUCUGGUGAAUCUGGUGCCGGUAAGACUGAAGCAGCCAAGAAGAUCAUGGAAUAUAUUGCUGAAUCAUCUACAGGUCAUUCAGAAUCUAUUGGCAAAAUUAAAGAUAUGGUUUUGGCCACUAAUCCACUUCUUGAAGCUUUUGGUUGUGCUAAGACAUUAAGAAAUAAUAACUCUUCAAGACAUGGUAAAUAUUUAGAAAUUAGAUUUAAUUCUCAAUUCGAACCUUGUGCUGGUAACAUUACCAAUUACUUAUUAGAAAAGCAAAGAGUGGUUAGUCAAAUUAAAGGGGAAAGAAAUUUCCAUAUUUUCUACCAAUUCAGUAAAGGUGCAUCUGAAAAUUAUAGAAAGAUAUUUGGUGUACAAAAGCCUGAACAAUACGUGUACACUUCUAGAUCUGGUUGUACAUCCGUUGAAAAUAUGGAUGACGAGGCGGAAUUCCAAGAGACCUUAAAGGCAAUGAAUGUUAUUGGUCUAUCCCAAGAUGAACAAGAUCAGAUAUUUAGAAUGUUAGCAGCCAUCUUGUGGAUUGGUAACAUCUCGUUCGAGGAAAACGAAGAGGGUAAUGCACAAGUCAGAGAUACGUCUGUUACAGAUUUUGUUGCUUAUCUACUACAAGUUGAUGCGCAAAUUUUGAUUAAAGCUUUAGUCGAAAGAGUCAUGGAAACAAGUCACGGUAUGAGGAGAGGUUCAGUUUAUCAUGUUCCAUUAAAUGUCGUUCAAGCCAAUGCAGUAAGAGAUGCCCUAGCAAAGGGUAUUUACAACAACCUUUUCGAUUGGAUUGUCGAUAGAGUCAAUGUAUCAUUACAAGCAUUUUCAGGUGCAGAUAAAUCUAUUGGUAUUUUAGAUAUCUAUGGUUUUGAAAUUUUUGAACACAAUUCUUUCGAACAAAUUUGUAUUAAUUAUGUUAAUGAAAAAUUACAACAAAUUUUUAUUCAAUUAACAUUAAAAUCCGAACAAGAAACAUAUGAGAGAGAGAAAAUCAAAUGGACUCCAAUUAAAUAUUUUGAUAAUAAGGUCGUUUGUGAUUUGAUUGAAGCUAGAAGACCACCUGGUAUUUUUGCUGCAAUGAACGAUUCUAUCGCAACUGCACAUGCUGACUCGAAUGCUGCUGAUCAAGCUUUUGCGCAACGUCUAAACUUGUUCUCAUCCAAUCCACAUUUCGAAUUAAGACAAAAUAAGUUUGUUAUCAAGCAUUAUGCUGGUGAUGUUACAUAUGAUGUUAUAGGUAUUACAGAUAAGAAUAAAGAUCAAUUACAAAAGGAUCUAGUCGAGCUGAUGGGUACAACUCAAAAUGAAUUUGUCAAAGUUAUUUUCCCAGAUAAUGUUGAUAGAGAAUCGAAGAGAAGACCACCAACUGCUGGUGAUAAGAUUAUCAAAAGUGCUAAUGAACUGGUUGAAACUAUUUCCAAGGCUCAACCUUCCUACAUUAGAACUAUCAAACCAAAUCAAACCAAAUCUCCUAAUGAUUAUGAUGACCGUCAAGUUUUACAUCAAGUCAAGUAUUUAGGUUUACAGGAGAAUGUUCGUAUCAGAAGAGCAGGUUUUGCUUACAGACAAACAUUCGAAAAGUUUGUUGAAAGAUUUUAUUUAUUAUCCCCUAAAUGUUCAUAUGCCGGUGAUUACACAUGGCAAGGUGAAACACUAGAUGCGGUCAGACAUAUUUUGGUGGAUGCCUCUAUCCCAGAAAAGGAAUACCAACUGGGUGUUACAUGUGUCUUUAUUAAGACACCGGAGACCUUAUUUGCCCUUGAACAUAUGAGAGACAAGUAUUGGUACAAUAUGGCUGCCAGAAUCCAAAGAGCUUGGAGGAGAUAUCUACAAAGAAGAAUCGAUGCUGCCGUUAAGAUCCAACGUGUAAUCAGAGAAAGAAAAGGUGGUAACAAGUAUGAGAAAUUACGUGAUUAUGGUACCAAAUUGUUGAAUAACCAAAAAGAAAGAAGAUCCAUGUCCCUACUUGGUUAUAGAGCCUUUAUGGGUGAUUAUUUAUCAUGUAAUGAAUCUAAGACAAAAGGUUCGUACAUUAAAAGACAAGCGGGAAUCAAUGAUAGAGUUGUAUUUUCCAUUAAGGGUGAGCAAUUACUGACUAAAUUCGGGAGAUCUGCUCGUAGGAUGAGAAAAGUUUUUAUUCUUACUUCUAACAAAUUCUACAUUGUUGGGCAAACCAAUGUUAACAACUCUAUGAAAUACACAGCUGAGUAUUCAAUUAGUUUGAAUCAAAUUAAGCAACUAAGUUUAACCAAUCUUCAAGAUGAUUGGUUGGCAAUCAACCUAUCAAAUAGCAGUCAACCAGAUCCAUUUAUCAACACAUACUUCAAAACUGAAUUGAUCACACACAUCAAGAAACUGAAUUCGAGUGUUCAAAUAAAGAUCGGUCCUAUUAUUGAAUACCAAAAGAAAGUUGGAAAAUUACACAGAAUUAAAUGCCAAACUUCCGAUUCUGCUCCAAAGUAUAGUGAUCUGUACAAAUCUAGUACGAUUUCUGUUAGACACGGUAAACCUGCUAAUUCUAGAUCCAAAAAGAAACCAAGAAACAAGGGGGGUCUAAGUUCUGACAGUACUACGAGACAGUCAUACCAUACAUCUACCAAUACUCCUGUAAAACCAGUCUCGAGGGCCGCAACAAAGCAAGCACCGGUUCCACCUUCAACAAAUGGUGCCUCACUUGCAGCUACGGCAGCCCAGGCUGCGUACCACCCCAACGGUAAGAGCAAACCGGCACCACCCGCCCCACAAGCAUCUCGUAAACCUAGACCAAGCCCUCCAGUUCAAAAGACUCAAAGAAAAGCUGCACCCAAGCCUGCUCCAAAGCCUGCUCCACAACCUCAAGCUACCCAGAAACAAAAUGUUAUCCCGCCACCACCACCUCCUCCACCUCCAGCUGCUACUCCAUCAGAACCAAGAUUUGAGGCUGCAUACGAUUUCCCAGGUUCCGGUGCACCAUCAGAAUUACCAUUAAAGAAGGGUCAAGUGGUUUACAUCAGUAGACAAGAACCAAGUGGUUGGUCUCUAGCUAAACUACUCGAUGGAUCCAAGGAAGGUUGGGUUCCAACUGCAUACAUGGCUGAGUGUAAAACACCAGCUGCUGGUGGUAUCCCAGCAGUCUCAUCUAUGACUACUACCCCUGUUCAGAAUACACAACCUCAGCAACAACAAGUACAGCCUCAACAAGAGGUUCAACCAGCUGCCACCCCACAACCAAGUUUUGCAGAUGGUCUAGCCUCUGCUUUGGCAGCUAGAGCAAAUAAGGUUAGAGACGAAAGCGAUGAAGAAGCUGAUGAGGAUGAUGACUGGUAG